AUGGAGGAAGGUGGCAAUGGAGGCAUCCUGGAGUCCCAGGUGAGGGGUGGGAUGUUCCCAGGGGCAGGGUUGGACCUGAGACGGUCAGCCACCGGUCGGUCAAUUCACAGUUGCGCAUCUGCUGGUCGUCAAGCGCCGGUCGGUCCAACCGCCAGCCAGGGCAGUUCUUGGCCACACCAAUCCCCAGCCCACCGAACUGCGGUUAGGUUAGAAAGAAUCAGCAUGAUUCUUGUCACCCAAUUGUUUGGGUGCCCCAACAAUUGGGUGACCGGACCGCGGUUUGGUGGACUGGGGAUUGGCAAGGCCAAGAACUGCCCUGGCUGGCAGUUAGACUGA